AUGUCGUGGCAAACAUAUGUUGAUGAUCAUUUGAUGUGUGACAUUGAGGGCCAUGAAGGCCACCGCCUAACCGCCGCCGCCAUCAUCGGCCAUGACGGUUCUGUUUGGGCUCAGAGCGCCACCUUCCCUCAGUUCAAGCCAGAGGAGAUAAAUGGAAUUACGACAGAUUUCAAUGAACCUGGUCAUCUUGCACCAACAGGACUAUAUCUUGGAGGAACAAAGUAUAUGGUGAUUCAAGGGGAGGCUGGAGCUGUCAUCCGUGGAAAGAAGGGAUCUGGCGGUAUUACCAUUAAGAAGACUGGUCAAGCACUAGUUUUUGGUAUCUACGAGGAGCCUGUAACUCCAGGACAAUGCAACAUGGUUGUUGAGAGGUUGGGAGACUAUCUCAUUGAUCAGGGCCUGUAG